GAGAAAUGGGGGAAAAAGAUCACGGCAGGCGGGCAUCGAAAAGCGAGCGGGAGAAGAAAAGCGUGCCCAGUGCCUGAAAUAUUCGCUACCGACGGUUGCUUUCUCCAGGAAUCGGAACCCUAAAACUUCGAUUCAGGUUUGUUCGCGAAGUUGCGCGCCAGCCGUCCAUUUUCUUUGACUUUUUCGGUGAAGGGUUUGUUCUAAUAACGCGGACAUUAGGUUCUCUCGGCGUGGGAGAUCAAGGGACUAGGGUUUUCUUAUCUUCAGAACUGAUACUUUCGUAGUGUUCUGCAAAUGGAAGAGCGAUCAAACUGUGCACCUCAUUCUUGGAGCGAAUCGGUCGUCUUGGAUGUGAAGCCUUUGCGAUCUUUGGCUCCCAUGUAUCCUGCCCCGCUUGGGCAGAAGAACACAUUCUCCCCUCCCAAUGCCCCUCCCUUUGUUUGUGUCACAACACCUUUUGGUUCCUUCACAACGGAGUCUGCGUUUCCUCCGGGCUUUUGUCCGCUUUUCCCAUCUUUUGCUGCUUCUCAUGACGUUAACCAGAAACCAGUGGAUGUUAAUUUUGUCAACGAUGCAAAUGGGUUUGCCCGUGCCUCGGAAGGUCCGGACAUUAAUGGUUCUCUGCACAACGCUUCACCAUCUCCUUCCUUUCAGACGCCCCCUGCAGCCAUCGUAUCUUUUAACAAGGAGGAGCCGCUGGCUAGUGGUGCCUCCCCACCAUCUGGCAGGACAAUAAAGCGGUCCUCUUGCUCUAACAGCAUUCACAUUGGCAAUUCAGAGACAGAGGGUAGUAACAAGAAAAAGAUCAAAACUCGACGACCUAAAGCUACUGGCGGUGAUUUAUCACUGCUACCCUCUUCUUCACAUGAUCCCAGGGAGCUGGUGGAGGUUGUCCUUAUGACAUUUGAUGCACUUCGCCGGAGGCUUAUGCAAUUAGAUGAGUCGAAAAGGCUACGCCCAGACCUGAAAGCCGGGACCAUAAUGAUGUCCAGUGAUCUCCGAGCCAACAUGGUAAAGCGGAUAGGGCAGGUACCCGGUGUUGCGGUUGGAGAUAUUUUCUACUUUAGGAUCGAGAUGUGUUUGGUAGGAUUGCAUAGUCAGAGUGUUGCUGGAAUUGAUUACAUGACAGCCAGGUUUGGCAAUGAAGAAGACCCUGUGGCUCUUGGUGUUGUCUCCGCUGGUGUUUAUGAUAAUGAGGAGGAUAAUGUGGAUGUUCUGAUUUACAGUGGUCAGGGAAGUUCUAGCAAGGAUGACCAGAAGCUUGAAAGGGGUAAUCUUGCUUUAGAAAAAAGCUUGCAUAGGGCUAAUGAGAUUAGGGUCAUUCGUAGUGCAAAGGAUCCUUUUGUACUUAAUGGUAAAAUUUACGUCUAUGAUGGCCUGUAUAAGAUUCAUGAGUCAUGGGUGGAAAAAGGAAAGUCAGGCUUUAACACUUUCAAGUACAAGUUUCUGCGAGAGCCAGGGCAGCCUGAUGGGAUUGCAGUAUGGAAAAUGAUUGAGAAAUGGAAACAGAAUCCAUCGUCUAGAGCGCAUGUAAUUUUGCCCGACAUAUCUUCAGGUAUUGAAAAUAUGCCUGUUUGUCUUGUCAAUGACGUGGAUGAUGAGAAGGGACCUAGGUAUUUUGCCUAUUCCACUACUGUUAGUUAUUCAAAACCUAUUACUUCAUCGAGACCUUUGCAUUCUUGCAUGUGCAAUAGUGUCUGUAUGCCAGGUGAUUCUAAUUGCUCUUGUCUCCACCAGAAUGGUGGCUUUCUUCCUUACAGUUCAAAUGGGAUCCUUAUCAGCUGUAAGCCUCUUAUAUAUGAAUGCUCUGUUUCCUGCCAGUGCCCUACAAACUGCCGAAACCGAGUUACGCAGAGAGGUGUUCAAGUCCACUUUGAGGUUUUUAGGACAAGGGACCGUGGAUGGGGCCUCCGUUGUUGGGAUGCUAUUCGUGCUGGGACUUUCAUCUGUGAAUAUGUAGGUGAAGUCACUGAGAGCAUCCAAGGAGUUGAAUAUGAAGAAAAUGACCAUAUCUUUCAGCCAAGACAUGCUGACCAGGGUUUUAAGUGGAAUUAUGUGCCUGAGUUGUUGGGAGAACCUAGUAGUGUUGACCUGAGUGAGACUCCAAAACCCUUAUCUUUCAUCAUUAACUCAAAAAACAUGGGCAACAUUUCUCGAUUUAUGAACCACAGUUGCUCACCUAAUGUCUUUUGGCAGCCAGUUGUUCAUGACCAUGGUGAUGAUGGAUUUCCACAUAUCAUGUUUUUUGCAACAAAACAUAUUCCUCCUAUGACAGAGUUAACAUAUGAUUAUGGUCCGAGUUCAGCUGAGAUGGGGGAUUAUGUUCAAUCCCGGAGAACAAAAGAAUGCUUUUGUGGCUCAGUCAAGUGUAGAGGCUUUUUUGGCUGAAAUUUUAGCCAUAUGAAUGUACUAUGUAAGGAGUAGAAAGUCAAAGAUGAUCAGAAAUAGCUAUCGUUUCAGUUGUUUGUUAAUUAGCUAUGUUUUUACCAUCAUAUAAUUUUCCUCAAAUUCUAUGUUUCA